GCUCGUCGCAACCGGAUCGUUUGCAAAACUUUGGCGUGAUCAACGGAUAUAUUAAGGUGCACAAACUUUAAGGUCUGACGGUGCGGUGGGCACAAGCCCCUCCUCCCAGGAAGUGACCUUUUUGCCGAGAGAUGGUUCGUUGGCGUAACGUUUGGAUGCUGCAGCUGGCAGCACUGAUGCGGUGGGGAAUUUUGGCGGUGAAAAGUGACCGGUUUAUCGAUCCUGAGGAGUAUCAAAAGUUCCCGAAGUUGUUCCAGUACGAUGAAUACGAGGAUUGUCGGAUGACGUACCGGGAGCAGUACGUGUACUGUGUGGUUCGGGCCAGGAUUCGGCCGGACGACGGUUCGGAGUUGUGGCGGAAUAUCAGUCUAUUCUCCGAGGACACACGCCACUACGACCAUCGAAUGGUGGAGCGCGGCAUUUGCGUCCAAAACUGCGAGAAGUUCCUGUACGCAGGGGAGUCCCACCACGAGGGGGAUCACUCGUACGCCGAACUGUUCCGGGCCUGCAUAGGGCAACAGCUGAAAGAUGGUUACGACCUGCAGAUUGAACCGGAUGUUCAGGUGUACUACUGUUACAACAAGACCAAUGAGACACCGCCUUUAGAUGUUCUCGGGGUAAUCUUCAUCCUAGUCGUAAUCAUUAUCGCCAUCCUGGUGAUCUACUCCACCGCGUACGAUCUGACGCUGCAAACGGCUCAAAAGUUUCCCCAAAAUUACUUCUCAACGCCACACAAAACUAGUCAAGAUAACUUAAGGACGGCCUUCUCCUUCCCACGGAACAUCCGUCGACUACGAGAACCCUUGAACACGGAAAUCCGUCAAGAUCUAAGCUUCCUUGAGUCGUUCCGCUUCAUCCAGAUGAUGCGGGUCGUCCUGCUUCACAUCGUGCUAGCGCUGGCCAAGAUGCCCAAGGUCAACCCGGACGCUACCGAACACAUACUGCACCGGCCGCCGGUCAUGCUGUACGUGGCCGAGUUCCAGAAUUACGUCCAGACGUUCUUCUCGAUCUCGGGCAUGCUGCUGACGAUCAACUUCCUCGAGCACACCCGCAAGAACCCCCACUUUGAGGCCCGGUACUGGCUGGACCGGUUGCGGGCCCGGUUGUACCGGAUCGUGCCAGCGUACGCGUUCAUCCUGCUGCUGGAGGUGUCCAUUACGCGACGCUUUAUGGUCGGCCCGCUGGCCCAGCAGAUGAUUGGCGAGUCGCAGACCCAGUGCCGCAAGUGGUGGUGGAACAAUCUGCUGUUUGUCAACAACUACGUCGCGCCGGAGCAACCGUGCCUCCUCCAAACGUGGUACCUCUCGGCGGACAUGCAGCUCUUCCUGCUCGGAAUCACCACCCUCACGCUCAUCUGGCGCUGGCCACCGCUCAAAAAGUACCUCCUCACCGCCGGCAUCCUCUGGGGCAUCUGCUGCGUCGCUAUUGUCACCUACGCCAAGAACCUCCCUCCGCUCAUGUCCAAAAACCUCAAACUAUACAACGACUACAACUUUGGCCACGGCUACUUCCAGCUGUACAUCCCGUUCCACAUGAACAUCACCGUGUACUUUGCCGGAAUGUGGGCCGGAUUCCUGUACUACCGCUUCCGAGAGGCCCGGUCCUUCUUCUUCAAGCUCCAACUCCAAUGGACAGUCCUGUGGAUCCUCAUCGUGCUGUACUUCCUGUCACUCUUCACCGGGGCGUGGGUAGUCCAGAACCAAGCGACGCUGCCGGCGCUCUUCCUGGCCCUGUACGCCACCUGGUUCAAGCACGCAUGGGGUCUACUCAGCACGAUCAUGCAGCUGCGGACGGCCCUGUCCAUCGCGCGGUCCCGCUUCCGAACCUUUUUCAGCCAUCCGAUCUUCGCGGUGCUCGGAAAGCUUUGCUACAGCUUCUAUCUGAUUCACGUGACCGUGAUCAUGCAGGUGCUCGGUUCCGCCAAACAGCCCAUCUACUUCAGCAUACGGGGAAUAUUCGACUUCUUCCUAACGAUUUGGAUGAGGACGUUUCUGUACGGUGCAUUGCUGUGCCUGCUGAUCGAACUUCCGGCGAAUGUGGCAUUGAAGGAGCUGUUCGAGAGUAAAUCUAGCAAAAAGAGUCCAGUGCCGACUAGUGAAAAGUAACACGGAGUGAAGGAGGACUGAAGUAGAAAA